AUGUAUUUACUUAUGAAUUAGGGCCAUGAAAGGGAAUAUUAACCUCAUUCAAUCAGUGUUAAUGUUGUUGUGAACUUAGAAAUAAAUAAUUUAAAUUUUACAUUGUCUAUUGAGCCUGAGAUUUCAUUUAAUAUAUUUGCAUAAAAAAUCAAAGAAUAAAUAUUUGCAUAACGGAUGAAAGCUUAAUAUGAAGAAAAAAUAGAAUGGUAAUUAGGUAAUGGAAGCAAUCUUCAAGAAAACGAUGGAAGAACUCUUUAAUCAUUAGGUUUUACAAACAAUUGUACAUUAUAUGUCAGACUAAAACUAAAAAAAAUGGGUGCAAUCAGUGUUAAUGUUGUUGUGAACUU